AUGGUUUAUUUUCAAAAUUUUUUUUUUUUUUCUUUUUUUUUUUUUUUCUUAUUUUUGUCCUUUCCAAAAAGAUUUGUCCUUUCAACAUUGGUUCUUUCUUUUUCUUUCUUUCUAUUCUUUUUUUUUCAUUUUGAUUUAAAUCUUUCUUUCUUUAUUCUUUUUUCUAUUCUUAGAUUUGUCCUUCCAACACUUGGUGAUCCAUUCUUUUUUUUCUUUCUUUCUUUCAUUUUCUUAGAUUUGUCCUUUAAAUUUGAUUUGUCCUUUUUUUUUUUGAAAAAUGAUUUCUUUCUUUUUUCUUUCUUUUUUUUUUCUUCUUUCUUCAAAUUUUCAUUUUUUUCAAAAAUUUCUUUCCAUUCUUUAACUUUUCUUUUUUAUUUCUUUUUUAUUUAUUUGUCCUUUGUAAAACUCAACAAAUUCUUUCAUUCUUUCUUUCUUUUUUUUCUUUUUUUUUUUAGAUUUUUCCUUCCAUUCUUUUAA